AUGUCAACAUUUCCUCUACAAGAGCAAAACAAAACACAAAAUUUUGAAUGUUCAAUCUCGAAAAUUGGAGGAGAAUGGUGUUUUAUUCCACCUAAUACUAUUAUUGAAGAAAUUCAAAAAGAAGUUUCACGAUAUUCAAAUCCUAAACAAUCACAAAUUAAAUCUAUAUUUAAUAGUUUUUAUCCAAAACAUAUUCAACCACUUACAUUGAAUAUACAAUUACAUAUUGCAUAUGAAAUAUUAAGAAGACAUUUAAGUUUUAAGAUGAUUGGAAUUAUGAUUAUUUUAAAAAAUGGAAAUAAAAUUGAUGAAAGACAUAUUGAAGAUAUUGGAUUAAUUUUAGAUAAUCAUUUACAUGACCAUACAUCUAUUGAAUGUAUAUCUACUAAAUUAUUAUAUGAAUUAAUUGUUGCACGACCAAAUAUUUUUCUUUCAAAAUUAGAAAGUUGGAAGAAUAAAAGUAAUUGUCCAUGUAGAAUGAGAGCAUGUUGUAGUACAUUUACAAAAUAUUGUAAAGAAAAACAAGGGGAUCAAAUAUGGGAAGUUUGUAGUUCAUGUAUUAAAGUAAAUGAAAGAUUUGUUCAAUUAGGUGUUGGAUGUUCUCUAAAAGAAUUAUGUAAUGUAGAUGAAAAUAAAGUGAUUGAAUUUAUUAAGAAAUAUGUUCAAUUUUUUAGUAGAGAUGGAUUAAAAUAUGCAGUUGAAAAAAUAAAAGAUCUUUCUAUUAAAAGAGAUUUACUUAAUUUGUCUCGUAGUAAACAAAAUGGGAUUGGAGAAUAUGUUAAUGGUAGUAACAAAGUAUCAGAGGAUAUAGUUUCAAAUUAA